AUGGAAGCAGACCAGCCUCUUCACUACAAAAUCAUCACAAAUGAUGGUGUUCCAGAGCAUCUCAUUUCACUUAUUAAGCUCAAAAACAUUUUCAGAAAGCAGCUACCUAAAAUGCCUGGCGAAUACAUUGUAAGGCUUGUUCUUGAUAGGAAUCAUAAAAGCAUGGUCGCUUUUAAGGGUGAUCUGAUUAUUGGCGGGGUUUGUUUCAGAUAUUUUGAAAGGCAAGUUUUCUCUGAAAUCGCCUUUCUCGCAGUAACUUUUUCUGAACAAGUAAAAGGAUAUGGAACGCAGCUUAUGAAUAACCUGAAAAAUUACGUAAUGAAAGAAGGGAUCAGAUACUUUUUAACUUAUGCUGACAAUUUUGCUCUGGGAUAUUUCAAAAAGCAAGGCUUCACGACUGAAGUAGAGCCAGUUUUGCCAGAAUCUAUAUGAAAAGGAUACAUAAAAGAUUAUGACGGAGGGACACUUAUGGUUUGCAAACUAGAUGUAGAUAUCGACUAUACAAUAAUAAAUCAUGAUAUUAGAGAGCAGCUGGAAUAUGUAAAAGAACAAAUUGCAAAAAUUUCAUUAUACCAGGUUGUAAGAGAGCCAUGCCAAAGCUUAAUUGACAAUGGAAGUUGCACUUAUGAAGAAGUCCCUGGACUAAAAGAAGUCAACUAUGACCCGAAUCAAGAAGUUUCUUAUCAGGAAGAAGAAAAAGACGCCAAAGCAAGCUGCUUUCAUUUUAUUAUUGAUCAAAUGCUAGCUGAUAACUCUUCUUGGCCCUUUAGGGAGCCUGUAGGGAGUGAUGUAGCUCCUGAUUAUUAUGAAAUCAUUAAAGAACCAAUGGAUUUGAAAACGAUGAAAGAAAACGUCGACAGGGGACAUUAUGAUGUAGCAAAGUUUGUGGAAGAUGUGGAAAAGAUGUUCAAGAAUUGCAGAAAUUAUAACAAAAAAGACACAGUUUAUUAUAAGAUGGCUGAUAAGUUGGAAGGGAUCAUCAAACCAUUUUUAGAACAGCUAAAAGAAUCAUCCCAAUAA